GGCGGCUGGCUGUAACAAGGGGAGGGAAUAUGGCGCUGGAGAGGAGUGACUUUCUUUCAAAAAAAGCUUCAAUAUCAUCCAGUACAGUGUUCACCGGUACAGGGCGGGCGGGCAGGCAGGCAGGCAGGCAGCUAGCCGCCUUGAAGGCGACUAAAACAUGCUUUUCUACUACGGAAAUAAAAACCCGGGCGACGAUAACAUGAUUUAAGCAAGAAGAGACGGAACGAGAGGAAGAAGUUAAAAAGUGAAACAUCGCUGUUGGAAGUGGAGCCUCAUGUUUGUGUGUUAAUACCUGUCCAAACCGACCCCCGACAUCCGUCUAUUGAGGCUCCUCUUGCCCUGUGACCUCCUGACACAGAGAGGAUGGUGAUGGAGGAGGGGGCCCGGGCAGGGAGAGGUAGGAGGGAACCACUGGCCACUGCAGGAGCAGGCGGAAGGCAGAUCCUGGUGGAGCUUGGGGAGCAGAACCUUGAUGCCAUUUGUCUCUCGACGUAUCGAACAGCCUGCAAGCUGAGAUUCAUACAGAAGAGAUGCAACUUGCACCUCAUCGACAUAUACCAUGUCAUCGAAGCGGUGCGCGACGCUGGUCUGAACGCCGUGGAACUGAAUGCUGGCAUUUCUGUGACCAGGCUGGAGAACCUGGUGUCCUCUCUGUUCAACCAGCUCAGCAAGCGCCUGCCCACCACACACCCCAUCAAUCCACGAGAGAGCACUCUCCUAUUAGUCCAGUUCAUACUUGCCGCCAUUGAGAGUGAGCCGGAGAGCCGACUGACAGUGCUAUCGGUGAAGGCCAUUCUGUCUGUGUUGUGUGGAGGAAAACUGGUGGACAAGCUCCGCUAUGUGUUUUCUCAGGUGUCAGACUCCAACGGUGCGAUGGUAUUGUCCAAAUUUGACUAUUUUCUAAGAGAGGCCCUCAAAGUGACCUCUGCCGUGCACGAACGACCGUCCUUCGGCUACACGAACAACAUGGCUCGCUCCUGUUUCCCACAACAGAAGAGGGUGAUGCUCAACAUGUUCCUGGACAUUGUAUCGGACCCUCCCCGUUGUCUUGUCUGGCUGCCGCUAAUGCAUCGCCUUGCCAACGUGGAGCACGUCCACCAUCCCGUGACAUGUUCCUACUGUCGCAGCAACGGGAUGACAGGCUUCCGCUAUCGCUGUCUUCGUUGCCGUGGAUACCAACUCUGCCAGAACUGCUUCUGGCGCGGCAAUGCCAACGGCUCUCAUAACAACCAGCAUCAGAUGAAGGAGCACUCAUCCUGGAAGUCGCCUGCCACUAAGCUGGGCCGAGCGCUGGGCAAAACCCUGGGCUGCGUGUCGUCCAGGGAGCCCUCCCACCCAGUUUACCCAGAAGAACCCGAGAGGACCAUAAAUCUUGCAAAUAUAGUCCCUUCUCCACCCAUUGAGGACACAAGUUCAGCCAUGUUGCUGUCCUCACGAGUGCCAGAGUCCUCCAAGAGUUUGGCUGCAGCUCAGCGCAUGAACGAGGAACACGCUUUGAUCGCCGCUUAUGUGAAUCGCCUCCAGAGCAGUCCACGCAAUGUGCAAAGCCCCAGCAGGCAAGACGAGGAACACUCGCUCAUCGCCCGCUACACCUCUCGACUGGCAGAGAGUGAAAGCUCCGGGGUGAUACCCACGCGGAGCAUUAACUUUGAUGUGAACAAACAGAAACGGGAGCUUAUUGCUCAGCUGGAAUGUAAAAACAGAGAGAUUUUGGCAGAGAUCAAACGUCUCCGCUCGGAACACGACGCCGCAUGCCAGCCCAGUCCUGAGAAGGGCAGCACCAACCCAACUCUCCUGGCUGAGCUUCGCCUGCUCAGACAGAGGAAAGACGAACUGGAGCAGAGGAUGUCGUCUCUACAAGAGAGCAGGAGAGAACUGAUGGUUCAGCUGGAGGGACUGAUGAAGCUUCUCAAGGAUGAGGAACAGCGACAGGCAGCGCAGGCAGCUGGUUCUUCUCAAGCUUUUCCUUCCCGGCCGAGUCCAUCGCCUGUCCGCUCACUCGGUACCACGUCUCCCCAGAUGUAUUCGCCCCAAGACUCCCUCGCUGGGGUGGGCGGGGACGUACAAGAGGCUUUUGCCCAAGGCCCCAGAAGAAACCUGAGAAACGACCUCCUUGUGGCAGCCGACUCCAUCACCAACACUGUGUCCUCGCUGGUCAAAGAGCUUCAUUCUGAUGACGGUCGGGAGGAAGAGGAGAGGUUGCUCAACGGCAAGGACAGAGGUUAAAUUUCAUCACUGGACAAACAAAAACACAUGUCAUCAUCCCCGCCAAAGGAGAAGCUAAAUGGUGACAGAAGAGACUUCCCGAUUAGCACAACUGCCAGACAACCAAUCACAAUGCUGGACACCAAAAUGACCACAUGGUCCUCUACUGAUGUAUAGCUCUGAAUCAGUGUUUGUUCUUGUUGCUGUGGUUCACUUGAAUCCAGCAUAGCUAAGCAAGGAAUCUGAAGCCUACUGAUUUGUACCGUAGCGCGUGUCUGUGUGUGUGUGUUUGUGUCCUGUUUUUUUGCGGAAUGAGAGGGUUCAAGUACGUGAAAGGGGUGUGUGAAGAGGAGGUGAGUCAGGAUGUAGGUACAGAAUGUCAAUCAAGGAAAAAAAAAAACGAGAAGGUCAAGGGAUAGGUUUUAAUUUUCAGCACUGUGUGCUUUGUAUUUAUUUUAUUGUUUGUUUGCUUUGAGUUGAUCCUAUGUUAUAGUUGGUUCACGUGAGAGUCCAUGUAUAAACAAACGUGUGAGGUCAGGCCCUGCUGAGACAUGAAUCUUUAAUUUGCUACCGUUCUGAGGCGCUAGUCCUGGUCCAGGUGUGAAUAACUCCACAGGUGCUAAUAUUAUAGCAGCUCAGGUUGUCUGUCCUGGUACUGAAGUCAGAUUUGUGUGUGUGUAAUGUUAAACAUAUAUUAAUAACAUAUUAAGAUAUUUUAUGCAACAGUAAAGUGGGAGGAGACAUUACUAACAAGCUUGCGUUGUUUUAAGCAGGCGCAUUCAAAAAGUGACAAAGCCUAACCUCGGAGAAUAUGAAAUUGUUUGGAUCUCCCCAAAUCCAUGAAAAUCCAUCAUUGGUAUGUGUGAGUGACGGGAAGAAAAGGUCUUGCAAAAACACUGUUUGCAUAUACAAAUCUCUAGACUAUUCAGCAAAUGAAUAUAAGACGACUCGUCUUUUUGGGACUUUUUUUUUUUAGGAGAAAAAAAUCAGCUUCCAUUAACAACUGCGGUUAAGCUCAUUCAAUUCAAUUGUUAGACACACAAUUUUCAGUGAAAAUCCAUCAUUGGUAUGUGUGAGUGACGGGAAGAAAAGGUCUUGCAAAAGCACAGUUUGUUUGCAUAUAGAAAUCUCUAGACUGUUCAGCAAACGAAUAUAAGACGACUCGUGUUUUUGAGACUUUUUUUUUUUAGGAGAAAAAAAUCAGCUUCCAUUAACAACUGCGGUUAAGCUCAUUAAAUUCAAACGUUAAACACACCUACUUGAUAUUUAAAAAAAAAAAAUCUUAUUCUGUCUAGCCAAAAAUGACUCCUCACACUUUGCUACUUUUUUUUUUUUUUGCCCUUUUCAUUUCAAGCUUUGUGAACCAUGUGGUGGAUUAUGGAAAUGGAGCUUCUCUGAGGAUUUUGCUGUCGAAUUUAAGCCCCCCCCCCCCCCAAAAAAAAGCCAGACCAGCCAUGCUGUGUGUGUGUGCGCGUGCAUGCUAACAUUGAACCAAAGAAGCAAGCUUGUGUGAGCUCUCAGUAUUUUAAAGCAACAUCACUUGACCACUGAGGUCAUGUGAUGUGACGCGUUCAUGAUGGUCUCAUUGAUGAUGACUUACCUAAGAUACGCAGAACAGGACUGUCAUUCAUGUUGUUAUUCAUGUAUUCCCCCUUACUUGAAACUUUAAGCAGCCCUGCGUGUGAGUGAUGUGUUUAAUCCGCAAUAAAUUAUAUUUAUCAUCAAACUGUUUGCUGUCACUUAGUUAUCACGUUUGACCUCCUUAUUUAAUUUAUACAGAUCAUACCCCUGCUACUAAAGAAGCUUUUUUUGGAACGUAAAAGUAUUUCAUCUGCUUCACUUUUUGGCCGCUCUCUUUGAUUUAGUGUCCUCAUUAUCAUGGAUGAGCUGGUCUUACUUUUCCCAUGCGCUUUCUCCAUACAGAGGUCAUGACUGUGUGUGUGACAAAGACAGAGUGUGUGUCCAAGGUAUAGUGUCCUAAACUAUAGACUGAAUGAAGCUCAUUGUUGUUGUCUGUUGUCUGUGACCUCACUGACUGCCAUAAAUAACGCAUCACCUCCUCUCCCAGUCAAGUUAUGACCCUGAAUGCUACAUGUAGUGACGACAUUUUGCUUUUACCAGGAAGGGUCAAACUGAGUUUAGCCUUCCUGUCGAGUUAAUAAAUCUCACACUGCUGUAUUAAAAAUUAAUCUAAACAACGCUAUUUUGGCAGUUGA